GCCCUGGACGACAAAUGGCCCCGACUUGAAGCCUCCCUUGCCCCUUUCUCGCACAAGCUCCGGCGCCUUGGGCACGGCCGCCUGGCCUGCCGCCUUGCACGGCAUCAGCUCGUCACCUCUCGGCGAGCGGCGUUUCACCAGGAUGCGAUCAGAUGCCAUGAAAUCCAUUGGCUUGCGCGCACCUGGUGCGAAUCCUCUUGUGCAACUCUCCUUGGUGGGGUUCUCCAUCAAUGACCCAGGCUUCUUCGCUUUGCAGGCUACUUUCAAGGAUGCCAAGUUCCUUGCAGGACAGGAUGCCCUGACCCCGCUUCUGGACCUAACCGCACGGGACCUGCGUGUGGUCCCGGGGCCUGCCACCCUGCUUCUCCAAAGGGCAAACUCCGUGGGCUUUCAGUGGGAUGUUGAGCAGCAGGUUUUUCGGGAUGAAUAUGGCACGAUGGGCUUGUCAGAAGUGCUCCAGCGGUUGGUCUUUCGCUGGCAGAACCAGGUGCAGCAUUCAUUGACCCGCCAGCCAACUUUCGAAGGAAUGGAGGAUAUGGAGCCCCAUCUCACCAAUCUUGUUGCAGGCCAAGUGCCAGCCUUGACACGAGGCCUGCUUCGGCUUUCGCUCAAUGGUACUUUCUUUACGAACAAUGCCUUGAAGCGUGCAGGACAGGCUGAUAGUCCCUUCUGUGACUUCUGUGGCUGCUUGGAUUCCAUUCGACACCGCUUGCUUGAUUGCCCCUUCUUUCAGGAUUGUCGACGGGAGUGCCGCCUUGACCAGGCGCAGUUGGAAGGCUUGCCGGCGGCACAGCUUCUCCAUGCGUGGGCCCCUCGCCCCCCCUCUUUGGAUGAAUUCCGCAGGCGCUUGAUAGAUACUGAGGGGAAUCCAGUGGACUUCCACCCUUUCCCGGUUUUGGAGGGGUACCAUCUUUUCGUAGACGGUAGCUGCUUGCGUCCUACCACUCGGCCGCUGAGUCUGGCCUCCUGGGCGGUCAUAAUUGCCUCUCCUGUUUCUUAUGACAUGCCGAUCCCCCUUGCUGAUGGGGUUGUUCCAGGGUUGCUUCAGUCGGCAUUUCGGGCUGAGCUUUGUGCCAUGGUUUCGGCUUUGCUGUUUUGCGUUCGGGUUGCAAAGAGGACCUGGAUUUGGUCUGACUGCCAGGGGGUGGUUCGAAGGGUUCGUAGUUUUCUGGAGGGCUCUUGGACUCCAUGCGUGCGUACACGGCAUGCUGACCUCUGGCUCCGAAUUCUGCCGCACCAGGAAAUUCUUGCACGGUUGAUUGUGGUUUGCAAGGUUACAUCCCAUCUUCAGCCGGACCUCGAGACUACAUUUGGUGACGAGUGGUGUUCAUACUACAACAACCAGGUCGACAGAGCGGCCGAACAGGCACAGUCCGCACGUGGCUCAGAUUUCUUGAAUCUUUGGCAGGGACUUUGCGAGGAUUGGGACCGCUUCUUUUCCGUUGCAAAGGAAGUCGCUGCGCUUCAUGUUCGAGUUGGUCAUAAGGCUACACGAAACAAGGUUUCCCGCGACAACGAGACACCGCAGCCCGCGCCACAACCGGACUGGGUCGGGUCUUUGGGACGACUGGGACAAGAAAACGAGGCAGCGCUGGCCAACAAGUAUGGUUCCGACUUCAUACGUGACCUGCGUACAUGGGCAGGUUUGUUGGAUGACCCGGCAGCGCCAGUGAAGUGGGUAAAACUGGGAUCCAUACCACUGCGCAUGCGGGCGGAUCAUUGGCAUGAGAUCGAAGUUUUCCUCGCUCAGCAGUUGCCACAGAGGGCGAUCUCUGGACACAGGC